AUGUAUGUUGGCUGCCCAGGCAACGUCGAGAAUAACCCUUGUUUAUGGUUGGGGACAAUUGACAUAUUUCCUUCUCACCAGAUGGUAUCUGCCAGUAGCGCUGCCCUCGAGUAUUCUGCGCUUGAGAAAGCACUGCUCCGGAAGCAGGAUAUUCGUAUCAUUCCUUUGGCCGCUUUCAUUUACUUGCUCUGCUACCUGGAUCGCUCGAAUAUUGGUAAUGCUAAAACUUUGAACGCAAACAUGCACCAUGACUUGGCCACCGAGACCGGUGUUACUUCAUAUCAAUAUACCAUUGCCCUUAUGAUCUUCCUGAUCGCAUACGCCCUCUUCGAAGUACCGUCUAACUAUCUACUGAAGAAGCUGAGGCCGAGCCGAUGGAUUGCUUUUUUGAUGUUCUCUUGGGGUGCAACCACUAUUGGCCUAGGAGCCGUACAUAACUAUGGCGAGCUAACAGGAGUCCGGUUUCUACUAGGCACAGUGGAAGCUGGCCUGUUUCCCGGCCUGGUCUACUAUUUGACCUUCUGGUACCGCGUGUCGGAGAGAUCCCUGCGGGUAGCCUUCAUCCUGGCCUCGGCUACUCUAGCAGGCGCUUUUGGUGGUGCGAUUGCAUAUGGUGUGGGGCAUAUGGAUGGUGCCCAAGGUCUGUCUGCGUGGAGGUGGCUCUUUAUUAUUGAAGGGGCGCCGUCUUGCGCAUCUGCGGUACUUGUCUGGUUCUUCCUACCAGACUAUCCGGAGUCGACGCACUGGCUCUCUGCUGAGGAAAAGGAACUUGCAAAGGAGCGACUCGCGUUUGAAGGCUCGCACGGGGAGGCAGCUGGGCUGACGUGGGAGGAAGCGAAGAAGACGCUGGUCGAUUGGCGACUGUAUGCCCACUUUGUGCUUUACUUCGGUAUCUUGACACCCUUUUCUAGUCUUUCUUUGUUUACACCAUCAAUUACGACUGGUCUUGGCUUCUCGAACCUACGCGCGCAGCUGAUGACGGUUCCUCCGUAUGCAACCGCGUAUGUAGUGACCAUUUUCGUGGCCUGGUCUGCCGACCAUUUCAAUGCUCGUGGGUUACAUUCCGCCUCAUUCGCCCUGAUUGGCGCGGUCGGCUUCCUGGCAUCCGCCCUCUUACCUGCCGAAUCGUAUGCCCAACGUUAUGGCUGUUUGAUUGUGGCAGCCAGCGGCAGCUUUGCUUGUAUCCCACCCUUGCUCGGCUGGCUAUCAUCAAACUUGUAUUCGACCGCCGCUGCCGGACUGGCCAUUGCACUGAAUGUUUCAUUUGGCGCACCCGGCCAGAUCGUUGGGGUCUGGAUCUACAAGUCCAACGAAAAGACGCUGGGGUAUCCAACUGGCCACUGGACAAAUGCCGCCCUGCUCUUCUUCGUCGCUGCCGGGUGUGUUUUGCUGCGGCUCUAUUAUGGUCUGUUGAACAGACGGGGCACAACAAUCAUGCCAUACUCCUAUUGA